GUUUCCCCUCAAAAAACCUACAAGGCAUGGCAGCAUUCUGAGCAGAGAGUCUCCAGCCGACAAGAAGCAGAAGGUUGAACGCUGCAUCAGUGCACACGACUUUGAUCCUACAGAUAGCUCCUCCAAGAAGACAAAGUCUAGCUCGGAGGAGAGUAGAUCCGAGACGUAUGGUCUUGUUCAGCGGUGUGUUGUUAUUCAGCGGGAUGAAAAUGGAUUUGGGCUGACAGUCAGCGGAGACAAUCCAGUCUUCGUGCAGUCAGUCAAAGAAGAUGGAGCAGCCAUGCGGGCUGGAGUUCAGACGGGUGAUCGAAUUAUCAAGGUGAAUGGGACUCUUGUAACACACUCAAAUCAUUUGGAGGUGGUCAAGCUGAUCAAGUCGGGUUCCUAUGUAGCUCUCACUGUGCAGGGGCGCCCACCAGGGUCGCCCCAGAUUCCGUUAGCUGAUUCCGAAGUGGAUCCGGCAGCAUUCGGGCAUAUGUCACCCAUCAUGACCUCUCCCCAUUCGCCUGGCACGUCUGGAAAUGCAGAAAGGAUUACCAACCCGGUAUUAAUGGGGGAGGAGAACAAUAUUGUUCACAACCAGAAAGUGGAGAUUUUGAGAAAGAUGUUGCAAAAGGAACAAGAGCAGCUGCAGUCCUUACAGGAAGAUUACAGCCGAACACCCACCCCACGACUGCUCAAGGAGAUUCAGGAAGCCAAGAAACACAUCCCUCAGCUGCAGGAGCAACUGUCCAAAGCCACAGGCUCUCCUCAGGAUGGAGUUUUGUCCUCCCGAUUAGUGGCUGAGUCUUUGCAGAUCAGUGAAGUUGAGACGGAGAGUGGGGAAGGGCUGAGCAAAAUUGAGUCAAGUGGCGAUGGCUUCCGGCCAAACAGCGACAUUGCUGAUAGUCCUCGGAGUGGCCUGAAGGAGCGAGUUUACCUGGAUGAGAGCCCAGAGAAGAGCGAAAUUCAGGAUACUGAUUCACAGUCCAGUAUUGGGAGCCCCUCCUCCCGCAUGGCACCUCAGAUCAUCGGAGCAGAGGAUGAUGACUUUGACACUGAACACGAGCAGAUUAAUGGGCAGUGCAGCUGUUUCCAAAACAUGGAGCUGUUGAAGUCUCGCCCGGCUCACCUAGCUGUGUUCCUGCAUCACGUGGUGUCCCAGUUUGACCCUGCAGCCUUGCUCUGCUAUCUCUAUGCGGACUUGUACAAACAGACCAACUCCAAAGAGACUCGUCGUGUCUUCCUUGAGUUUAACCAGUUGUUCCUGGACCGAGCUGCGAACCUGAAGGUCCCAGUUCCAGACGAAGUUUCUUUAGAUCUAGAAAAGAGAAGGCCAGAACUCAUUCCAGAAGAGCUGCACCGCCAUUACAUCCUAACUAUGCAAGAUAAAGUCCUUCCAGAGAUCCAGAGGAAUUUGGAAGACUUCAGACAGAAGCGUAGCAUGGGCCUGACCUUGGCAGAGGGCGAACUGACUAAGCUGGACGCGGAACGAGUCCGUGACCGGAGCGUGCUGGAGAAGGAGAGAGCAUGUGCAGAGCAGAUAAUUGCCAAAAUUGAAGAAGUUCUGGUGUCAUCUCAACCUUUGGAAGAGGACAAGAGCUCCACCAUGCAGUACGUGAUUCUCACCUACAUGAAAUACUUGGGGGUGAGAGUCAAAGAGCCCCGGAGUCUGGAGCAGAAGCGUGGACGUAUUGGUUUCCUGCCAAAGAUUAAGCAAAGUAUAAAGAAAGAGAAAGAAGGGGAGGAAAAGGUGAAGAGGAGAGGUUUCCCUAGCAUCCUGGGACCGCCGAGAAGACCGAGUCGCCAUGACAGUGGUGCAAUUGGCAGAGCCAUGGAAAUGCAGAAGCAGCGCCAUCCAAAGUACUUAUCCACAGCCUCUUCUGUUAGCCCAGAGCCACCAGACUCUGGCAAAACACGCCAGAGUGGAUCUUCCAGCGAUGGCACAGAUGUAGCAUACCCAACUGCUAAUCCUAUGUCUCCCCUGACUUCGGGACCUUUUACCUCCCCAGAGGCAAGCAAAGAUAGUGAGACAGGCCCCAAGCAGACUGGAGAAGUUCUACCAUCUAGUGACUCUGUGGAUGGCACCCCCCGCACACCUAAUGCCACCUUUGAUUUCCCUUCCCCACCCCUGGACCACUUGCAGGAAGAGGAGGGAGAACUUGAGAGAACAGCUGAGUUGGGAACACCAAAACCUUUCCGCAAGAUGGAGAGCUUGGGCUAUGGGGAUGUCCAAAGUGAGGAUGAACUGUAUGAUUUUGAUACAGACACUGAUCCUCCCAACUGGCAGCAGCUUGUGAGUCGAGAGUUGCUGCUGGGGCUGAAACCCUAUGAAAUCAAACGCCAAGAAGUGAUUAAUGAGCUGUUUUACACAGAGCGAGCUCAUGUCCGCACGCUGAAGGUUCUGCAUCAGGUCUUCUACCAGCGCGUCUCCCGUGAAGGGAUCCUCACUCCCUCGGAUCUGCGGAAGAUCUUUUCCAACCUGGAGGACAUCCUUCUGCUCCACACUGGCUUGAACGAUCAGAUGAAAAGUGUCCGAAAAAGGAAGGAGACAUCGGUUAUUGAUCAGAUUGGAGAGGACUUACUAACUUGGUUCAGUGGACCAGGAGAGGAGAACCUGAAACAUGCAGCAGCCACCUUCUGUAGUAACCAGCCCUUUGCUUUAGAGGUGAUCAAAUCACGGCAGAAGAAGGACUCGCGCUUCCAGACCUUUGUGCAGGAUGCCGAGAGUAAUCCGCUGUGUCGCCGGUUGCAAUUGAAGGAUAUCAUUCCCACUGAGAUGCAGAGACUGACUAAAUACCCCCUUCUGUUGGAUAGUAUUGCUAAGUAUUCAGAACUGCCUGAGGAGAAGGAGAAAGUGAAGAAAGCAGCGGAUCACUGCCGUCAAAUCCUUAACUAUGUGAACCAAGCUGUCAAAGAGUCGGAGAACAAGCAGCAUUUAGAAGAUUAUCAGCGUCGUCUCGACCUGUCUUACCUGAAGCAGGCAGAAGACCCUAUGCUGGAUGAGUUUCGGAAUUUAGAUUUAACCAAGCGGAAGAUGAUUCACGAAGGACCUCUGACUUGGAAGGUGAAUCGGGACAAGACUAUAGAUCUCUACACCUUGCUCUUGGAAGAUAUUCUGGUGCUGUUGCAAAAGCAAGAUGACAAACUGGUGCUGCGGUGUCACAGUAAGAUCCUGGCAUCUACUGCUGACAGCAAGCACAUAUUCAGCCCUGUGAUCAAGCUGAACACUGUGCUAGUUCGCCAGGUGGCAACAGAUAACAAAGCUUUCUUUGUCAUCUCCAUGUCAGAAAAUGGCGCCCAUAUUUACGAACUAGUGGCGCAGACCGUUUCGGAAAAAAACGCAUGGCAGGACCUGAUAGCUCAGAUGGCAGGGACAGUGAAAACUGAGGCUUCCACCAGAAGGGUGAUACCAUUACCACAGCCAGGGCCUGGCGAAGAAGAGCGUGAGGAAGAGGAGCAGAAGUUGAAAGAUGAGCAGCCUGAUAUUCCAGCCAGCAGCAUGCAGAGUCCAGAUAAAGAGUUGGGCCUUGAGCCUUCCCUCUUACUGAAGACCCAGUCUCCUUCAGCUGUCAUGUCAGAGAAGUCUGAAGUAGAAGAUCUCCUCGUGACAGAGAGGCAGUUUGGCAAAGAGCAGCAGGAAGACGAGCUUGUGCUGAAAGACUCCUCUGCGUGCUACGAACAAGCGACCGCAGACGUGCCUUUCCGAGUCUCAGAAGAGCGGUGGGCACUGGAUGCGUUAAGGAGCUUGGGCUUGUUGAAACAGUUGUUGGUGCAGCAGCUUGGCUUGUCGGAGAAGAGGACCCUUGAAGACUGGCAGCAUUUUCCCAGGUUUAGGACAGUUUCCCAAGGUGCUUGGGCAGAAAGUGGAAACCAGGGUGGACUGCAGCACUCUGAUAAUAACAAGAUGCACCAGCCUGGAGUGGACCGGAUGUCUGUCAGACCUGGAACUAGUGAACCCGCAGCUUGUUACGGUAUCCGGACUUCAGCUGAAUUCCCAGCUUCACAGGAUGCCGUGCAGCUGGUAUCUAGAGACGCCAGGUCAGGUAAUAAUGUAGUAAUGGACCUUGUAAGCAUGAACGUGGAGACCCCGCUCACGGAGCUGGAAGGAGUGGGUCCUGAUGACAAUGGAGAGCACUUCUUUGAUGCCCGCGAGGCCCACAGCGACGACAACCCGUCCGAAGGAGAAGUGACGGAAAGGAAGGAGGAUGUGGAGGUGCAGUUACGGAUCUCAGGAAAUUAUUUGAUCCUUGACGGAUAUGGAACGGUGCAGGAAAGCUCCACGGACGACGAGGUGUCUUCGCUACUCCUACAGUGCACUGCAGGCAACACCUCUCUGGACACUGCGCAGCAGCAACACGUUUCCCCCAGGGAGGCCCAGUCGGACGGGGGGAGCUCCCUGUUUGCCGAGUUCAUGGCCUCCCGCUGGGCGACUGUGGAGGAGUCCAGCUCCGGAGCACCAAGCCCCGCCUUCUCUGCAGAGUCACGUAUCCAGAUGAUGCAGUACAUUCGCAAGAUCGAGGCUGACCUUGAACACUUAAAGGAGAUCGAGGAAAAUUAUGCCACUCUCCUUCGCCAAAGGCUGGCUGGAUCAGCCCCCACAGAUGAGCACUCAGACAAAAGUUAGUCACGUUUUUAGAAGUGGCUGAAGGUUGGAUGAAGAGUAUCGGCGCCUGCUGGCUUCCGUGUGGACUCUGAGGCUACAGGGUUUCUUUCUGUGGACCAUCCAAGUGUUAACCAUACUCCAGCAAAGCAGGGAAUGGGGUGCUUUCCUUCAGGGGCAACUGCACUAGCCUGGCUGGCAGGGAGUCUCUUCCAUUCUCUCCUCUUCCUCUCCUUGCUACUAAAAAAUUGUUUUUGAUUCUGAACAAACAGACAAAAAAAAAAAAAAACCAAACCAAAUGUACAGAGCUUUGGGUGUAGGAUAUAAAAUGUAUUUAGACAUUAAAAAAAAAAAAUCAUUGUAUUUAUUUGACUUCAUUCCGUGUAUCAAAAGCACAUUUUAACAUUUUUUUUUUUUUUUCUAUUUGCUUUUUGUUUGAAUUGGGUAGUGACAAGUCUAGGCCUCUGCAUAGAGUACCCCUCCCCACCCCCCCGGGGUCUUGCUGUUCCUGGAAGCAAGUGCAGUUGGAAGGAGAAUGCGUGUGCACACGUGUGUCUUGAUUUCACUGGGCUGGACUCCACAGUCCCUCCUGGCAACAAAACUGCCAUGCAAAGAGCUAUUUUGGAAGGGGUUAGAAUGAAUUGUGGCUGAAAUGAACUGUAUUGAAGAGCAUGGGAGCUGUCUCCGUGCUGGGCGAGUGCCUGUUCUAGAUAGCUCCUGUCACUGUGUGUAAUGAGGAUUCUCCAUGCACUAAAUAGCCAGGCACUUGAAAUUUGGCAAACACUAUUCCCCCUCUCCACUCCCCACCUUGGUGCUCUCAUUCAUUGACUUGUGGGGCCUCACUGGGAGAGGAGAAAGCUGAGGGGGCUUUUUUGUUGUUUUUUUUUCCUUGACUUCAUGUUGGCCUUGAUCACAAUCUCCUUUAAAAGCGAUAAACAAUGCCUGGAGCUGCAGCACUUGUGUAACUUCUCCUUUUUGGACAGAAAUAAAUGGAAACCCAGGAAUGUUUCUGAGGUGUUGGGCAGGUGGGUGUCUGUCGUUGAAUCACUACUGAAUGAACCCUGGCUGCCAAUGGAGUUAGCCACAGGUACUGCUAAUUAUGGGGCCAGUACAUUUUAGUACCUGAAGGUAUAUCUCGCUGAGGGUUUGUUUUUUUUUUUUGCACUGAUUGUGCCAAAGUGCUCUCCCCAAACCAGAGAGAUGCACAGCAGACAAGGCAGAACAGCUGGAGCCGGAGCCAGCUCUCUAGCACUUCCUUAGGCCAGUUUGAAUAGUUUGCUGUUGGAAUUUACCUUAGACUAGGAACAAGAUGGGAAAUUUCUGCCUGACAGCAGAGCUAACACUGGAUACUCCAAACUGGUUAUUGAUAGCACCUGCUUAGAAACUCGCUAGCAGGAUGGGCAUGGGAUAGGUGAUUCCAGGCUGUCUCUAGCCUCCAACUCCUUUGAGCCAGAUCGGUAGCUUCAAGUACAUAGGACACGUUCCUUCUGCACCAGAUAUGAAAGUUUUAAACUGAGCAAUGUGCCAAACCUGUAAAUCCUAUUAGCAUGUUCAAGCUAUUACAAGGAUGUUUGCAUUACUGCAUGGACCAUGAAGUGCUGAGAAUCUCUUUGAUCAGCAUAAAGGUCAUACUCCUUGCUUCAUUAACACACAAGCAGAUUUCCCAUGUAGCAAAUGGCAGAGAUUCAAAACUGCUUCUUCCACUCAUGCAAAACAAAAACCAGUCUUGAUAUUUCCCUUUAGAAUAGUGGGAAAGGGAGGAGAGGGAAGAGCUUAUCAAAGUAGAUAUCAGUUGCCUAGGAAGGUUUUUGGACUUUGAAAGUUGGAGCCAUAAUAAAGCAGGGAAGAUCUUUCUUGUAGAGAAGCCAAGUGCAUUGAGCAUCAUUCUCCUCCAGCAGGAGCUAGGUGCUGCCAAAAUGUUACCUCCUGUUCAAGCAGGAGUUCCCUCUUGCUGGGGCCGUGCUAAGGGCCACUGUAUAAAGGUAGUAGCAAUACAGGCCUUCCAGUGUUAUAUAGGCACCAGCUCCACACCCAACUUCAGCCACCACGUGCCAUGAGUUUUCAACUUCUGAAAAGCCCAGAUAGUUAACCAGAGCCCCACGAGGAAUCUCCCUUCUCCCUAAUCCUGAUCCAGUGAUACCUGAUCCCUGGCCAAACUUGGCUCUUAACGCCCUUUUUCUGGUGGUGGUUUUUUCUCCCAUCCCUUCCGUUGGUCAGAAAGAUGCCUGUGUCCUGGAUGGACAGAUGGGAGAUGGGUUGUUUUGUGUUGUUUUGUUACCCUUUGCAUUGCAUGCUAUGGCUCCAGCUGCCAGUAACUCUGGCUUUCCAGAGUUGUCAAAUCAUGCUUGAUCCUUCUCAGCCUUGUGC